AGUAAAUAAGUAUCCAGCGGCAUGCCAACCAGCUGAAACGCUACUGCGAAACUGAGAAGCCCACUGCCCCAAUCUCUCUCUCGAACUUAGAGCAAAAGAAGAAAAAUUCGAGAAAAAAAUCGGACGAGGAGGUGAUGGGGAGAUCGAAAGGCUCCUGCUUGAAGAUCAUUGCCUGCAAUGGUGGCGGUGAUGCGAACGACGACGACGAUGUUUCGAUGGCUGAGAGCAAAGCUUCAUCUGAAAAACGCCGAUGGAGUUUUCGAAAGAGAUCAGCCAGGCACCGAGUACUAAGCAACAAUGUGGUCUCAGAACCUGUGUCUAUCACCUAUAACAAGGAAAAUGCAGAAGUUGUGACCAAUACUUUCGAUUCUCCAAUCUAUUCUUCUAUUCCAGAAAAAAAAUCCAUAGAAGAAAGGAUAAACGAAACUUUCCCAUUACCAUCUGCUGUUGUGGAUUCUGAAAUAGCUAAUCCUUUGGCAACAAAGAAAAAUUUUCCUGCCAAUGACAUCAACCUCAAUGAAUCUGUUGCUAUUGUCAUUCAGGCUGCUACCCGGGGAUGCUUGGCUAGGAGAGAAUUCCAAAAACUUAAGAGCAUCGUCAAGUUGCAAGCUGCUGUACGUGGACAUUUGGUUAGGAGACAGGCCAUUGGAACAUUGCGUUGCGUCCAAGCCAUUGUAAAACUGCAGGCACUUGUGCGAGCUCGCCGCACUGAGAAAUCAGUUGUACAAGAGGAUAAGCUCCAGAAGGGAAAUUCAUGUGUAAAGCCAAAUAAAACGUAUUCCUCAACCAAGAUACUCCUUUCAAAUCAAUUUGCUUGUCAGCUUUUGGAGGCUACACCGAAGAAUAAACCCAUUCAAAUAAAAUGUGAUGCUUCAAAAUCUGAUGAUUCAUCAUGGAAAUGGUUGGAGAGGUGGAUGGCUGUGACUUCAUCAGAUAUUGGACAGCAGCUGGAGCAAAAACUUAAUCAGGGUCAUAUGGGACAAGAAGAAAACACUGAGUCGGUUGAUUAUGAAGCAAGAGAAAAGGUUCCACCUCUAGUCUCUAUGUCAUCUGAUGCAGAGUUAGCUCAAAUAAGAGUACCAGCUAAUGGUGAAGGGGAUGAAACAACUAAAAGUUCUGGUACCCUGAAGUUUGAGGCUGCAAUGUAUGUUCCAGAUAAUUGCUCGAGUUCAUUAGUGAAGGAUCACCAGGAAAAAACUCAGUUCAAGAAUGAGACAUUGAGCAUCACACAAGACAAUUGUGCAAAGAUUGAGAAUGUUCAUGAAACAAUUAUGGAUUCUCUCUCAAGUCAGAAGCAAUUGGAAUCAAAUCCAGCUGCAAAUAUAGUUCUUGAUAAUGUUUCUGAGAAGCAUGAUUUUGACUGCAAUAGCUUGAAGAAUACUUCUAAAAGUGCAUUUUUUGAACCAGUAGCUGAAGGAAAGAAGCUUGUACAGGGGUUGAGAAAACCAUGCAAUCCAGCAUUUGCUGCUGCACAGUCGAAAUUUGAAGCACUGAGCUCGAGCUCUUCCAUCGGCAGGUCUGGUAGUUCUGCCUGUCAAGAUGCUGCAGCCAAGUCAAAAUUAAAUAGCUUUCAUCUUCAAGUAGAUGCUUCGAAGGAGAGUAAGGACAUAAGCUUAACAGAUAACUCAGUAUCUCAUGAUCCAAGAGUUCAAAAUGCUGCUUCAGAAUGUGGCACUGAAAUUUCUAUCUCCUCCACACUUGAUUCACCAGACAGAUCUGAAACUGAAGGUGGGGAAAUUGUCCUAGAAAUUGGAGCUUUGGAGAAGGGCCACUAUGAUGUCAAUGCUGAUACCGAUACUGAUCAUGAUCUUGUUAAAAUGAAUACUGAAGAAAAUAACUCAGCCUUUGAUUCGGAGGUCCUUCAGUCGCAAAGAUCUGUGGAAAGUGAUGGAAAUUUACCCAAGUCAACAGCUGCCAGUAAUGUAGUGCAGGUGGAACAUCAGCCAUCUGAGCCAACCGCAUCAGAUAUGCCGACUCAACUGGAAAGUUCCAUUCAGUCAUCGCCAGAAGGAACCCCCAAAAGCCGUACAAUGAUCCCUGAGUCACAUGGAACACCAUCAAGUCAGACAUCUGUGAAUGCCAAAAAGACCAAAAAAGAUGGUAACGUGCCUGCUCAAAGUCAAAGGUCCCUAUUAGCAGGCAAGAGGUCACCAUCUAAUCCAAACAAUGAUUCAGAUGGAAGGACUAGUACAGAGAAAUUGCCGAGGGAUUCAAAGAAUGCAAAAAGACGUAACUCGCUGGGGAUGGCUAAACCAGAUCAUGCUGAUAAUGAGCCCCGGAUAAGCAGCAGCAAUUCCCUUCCAAGUUACAUGCAAGCCACUGAAUCUGCAAGGGCCAAGGCCCAUGCCAGUAUUUCUCCAAAAUUAAGCCCUGAGGUGCAAGAUAACCACAUGAAGAAAAGACAUUCCUUACCUAUGGCAAAUGGCAAACAGGGUUCAUCCCCACGGAUGCAGAGAUCAACAUCACAAGCACAACAGAAUUCAAAGGGCAAUGCCAGUCAUUCUCCUCAUAAUUCUGCAGAGAGGAGAUGGCAAAGAUGAUCGAGCCUUCUGAGCAACGUGACAUGCACUCAUCCUGAAAGAAAUGUUAUGGAUUUCAAAGCCAAUGGGAAUUAGCUACUUCAGUCGUGAUUUUGAUACAUCCUGUGCUUUUAUUAUUGGCAUAUGGUGCGACAAAUGGGCAAGAAGCAGAUCAAGAUAACAUGAUGUAUGUUACUGUUUAAUGUAAGCUUCAGCCCAUUGUUUUCUAUGUUGGCUUUUUAUGUGUGUGAUAUAUGACUGGAGUCCAGAAGGUCGUUUUGUGCUUUCAUAGAACAAGCUUGAUGUGUUUAUUUGCACGGGAAGUUUCUGAGUUUUGAUUGCAAUUGAGACUGCCUUCUACAUUGCUAUCAUGAGAUCAGACGUGCUUGUAAUGAGACACCAAGGCUAACAUAAGACCAUCUUCUCCAA